AUGAACCAGAGCUUCGCGGUGAAGCAGGCCGACACCAUGGACCGGCGCGUGGGCAGGGGCCGGUACUUCGAGGUGCCCAGCGGCUCGCUGGCCCUGUUCAACAUGGCCACCAUGUCGCUGUGGUCGGCCAGCUACGACCGGUGGGUGGCGCCGGCGCUGCGGCGGCACACGGGCAACCCGCACGGGCUCACCAUGAAGCAGCGCGUCGGCGGGGGCCUGCUCCUCGCCACCGCGUCGACGGCCAUCGAGUUCUUCUACACCGAGCUGCCCAAGAGCAUGGCCAGCUUCAGCAUGUCGCUGCUGUACAUGGCCUUCGGCGUCGGCAACCUCGCCGGCGCCCUCAUCGUGAAGGUGGUCCAGGCGGCGAGCGGGCGCGGGGGGAAGACGAGCUGGCUCGUCGACGACCUCAACGCCGGGCACUACGACUACUACUACUGGCUGCUCACGGGCUACGGCGUGGUGAACUUCGUCUACUUCGCCUGGUGCUCCUGGGUGUAUGGCGAGGAGGGGAAGAACGUGGAGUGGGAGGAGGACGACGACAGGGAGCAGCCGCCUAUGCUGUAG